AUGCCGAUACCGAAAAAGCCUCAGACGGAGGGCUCUGCAACCUUUGACCCAGACAAGUUCUUCGAGGCAUGGAGCAAAGGAGAGCUCACAGCUCCGUACGACAAUGACUUUCGAAAAUUCAUUAUUAAGUCAUUUGGGCUGCGUGUGAGCGACCAGUAUGGCUACAGAGCUACCACGGAAGUGACUCUACUGGGCGCGCAGUCUCAUAUAGAUGCAGGUGCAGCAAAUGGCCUGCACGUUUGGUAUCGAGAUCCUGCGGGACAACCGAGACCAAAUCCAAACGCUACCGACAUCGCUGCAUAUACCGAUAUCUUUCGUCCAACGACUGUGACUUCCAAAGCUAUAACUGCGUUUGCUUCGAAUGCAAAGAAGGAAACUGUGAGAGCUGAUAUUGCGAAACACCUUCACGCACUUUACGCUCCUCCAGAAGCAGCCCGCAAGCUGCAGGUCAACAAGUCCAAGAACCAUGUCAAUCCAUAUUUUGACGUCUCUGCGUGGGCAUUCCAGAAUCUUGAAUGGGCUGGUCCAGAGGAGAGAACGGUUGACAUUAAGUAUAGCCACGCUAUUCUGCCCGUGCUCUAUCAUCACUUUGGCUGUGUCUGCCCGUCAUACGAAUCCCUAUCCUACAUGUACCAGAUCGCACGCGGGCGACCGAUCCUUGACAUUGGGAGUGGUAAUGGGUACUGGACAUAUAUGCUUCGACGAUUUGACAUCCAUCCUAAGACUCGGCUGAGUGUGACGGCGGUGGACAAUGGCCUUAGCGAAUGGAGAACCAUGUGGAUCGGAGACACAAUCGAGGCUGAUGGUUUCAAGUGGCUGCAACAAAAUCAAGGUGGGAAAGACGGUGUUCUUCUGCUCGUGUACCCAAUGGUCGGUAUGGAGUUCACGUCCAAGAUGAUCAAGGCGUACAAGGGAACCACGAUUGUUUCUGCUGGAGCUCAAAAUGCCAGUGGAUUCACUGCGUUUGCGAAAGAGACCAUUGCCGACUGGAUGGCACGAGAAAUGCCAGCCUGGGAAAAGGUUCUGCAGGUGCCACUUCCUUCGUUCCCGGGCAAAGAUGAAGCGCUGUUCAUAUUCGAGAAGCAAGCCGAGUCAAAUGGCUAGGCAUCGGCUGGAGCUUGAUCCCGCACCAAGCCACACGGUACUUGCUGUUCAGAUGAAGAUACCGCUUGAGUCAUUCCGGUCGGCGGCGUGCGAGAUAGGAUCCUGAUGUGCCAAUGCUUGCGAUCGGGUAUACGUUGACGAGGAUAUACUCGCUUGCUGCCAGACACAAGGGCACACAUCGGAUACGCUGAAUUUACAUGAAGUCCGGAUUGCUCGCAUGAAAGUUUUGCAAUAGCCAAGUGGCCUGCUCCUAUAGAUACUCUUCCGUGAUUGUGAAUAGAUUGAGCUGUAGAUAUGUUAUGCGGGCCAUGAGAAAUUCCAGGCGAGCUUGCGUGACAGCCUUUUUGUUGGCUUUGAUCAACCUUGCGGCUUAACUUUGCUCUCCCGGACUUGUCCCUCCGCC